AACAUUGCCAAAUUCAACGCCGAAAUGGGAGAUCUGAAACGAAUUCGGGAAGUGUUAGAACGGAAUGCGGAUUUAAGAUGGGGCUUCGUCAUUUAUCGCUGCACCUACGAUGACGACGAGAAGUGGGCCCGCUUCAUGGAGUUUCUAAACACACGAGUGCAGCUCAAUCUUCAAGACGAGGGUGGAGGAAACUUGUUCGAACGUAUCGACUGGGCUGUACAAGAAGACCGAGAAUCGCUUGACGGCGCGGGGCCUGUUGCGGUAAGAGAGAAAUUCGCUACAUGGGUGCAGAACUCUGGAGAGGGAGACGACUGGCUGGGUACUCCGCGCUUUUGUGCAUGUGCCAUGGUCUCACAAGGUGACCUUGACUCUAUAUUGAACGGACCCCAGGCUGAGGAAUUUGAUGCGCAAGGGGAGGGAUUCCUGACGCUUGUGUCGCUUGAUGAGGAGGAGGGAGAUCAGCUGGUGGGCUUGUCUUAUCUGGUGCCCAGGAUAUAUGCAUUGUUAGGAGGACCAGGUUGGGAAAACUUUGCCAUUGAGGAUGAUGUUGCCAUACCGUGAGGUGCAUCAUGUUGGGAAAGUUAGGAUCAAUCUGACCUGC